CGUCUGCUCGGCGUUUCUACCGAGAUCAGAUCCCUUUUUUGGCAAAUUCCCCAGAGCUGCCAGUUUCUUUUGGCCCCCAGAUUUGUUGACAUAUGGUAACGGAUCCUUCAACAUUUAUACCCAUCGAGCAAGAUGAGUUCAAAACAUCCCUUGAGACGAUCGUGUGCUUUCUGUCGGGCGAGAAAAAUCAAGUGCUCAAACGAAACUAUUUGCGAGGCUUGUCGUAAGCAAGGUGCCGACUGCAUUUACGACUUCGAGCCUCCAAGACCAAAGGGUCGGAACUUGAGUUUCGACGGCACAAAAGCCAACAAUCAUCUACAGGUACGGAGUGAACAUGAACUACCUGACAGCAAAAGAAGGAGAUCGUGCUCUGCCAAUUCUACCUCUUCUAUGUCUCCUGGCAGAACCCACGAAGAUCUUGCCCCGUUGGCAGAUGGUGUUGAGAGCCUUGCUGCAUCCCUCGAGCAGAUGUUUCAGGACAAAUUUUCCCAGUUGAUUUUUGGAGAAGUAGGAAAGACCCAGCAGCAGCAAAGCACAGAGGUCAGAUUCACUGGCCUUUUGCCCCUGAUUGCCUUUGACCUUGUCGCUUCUGUUGGCCAGAGAUAUAGCGACUUGGGGUCUCCUCAGUCUAAUGAAAGCAACCAAUUGAUCCGGUCUGGAUUAUCCAACGAUACUUCUACCAACAUGUUCGACAAUCCUUCAGCAUAUUGUAGCCCUCUGUCUACCUUUAGCCAUCGACAGCGGAACCAGCUUAUCGACGUCUGGUUCUCCGCACAUCCCCUAACAUUUCUCAUCUCCAAGACACUGCUGCUUCGAGAAAUCCGCGAAGAUACCUGUGACGAAAUCCUCAUGGCUGUGAUGCUAGCCGAUGCUAGUUUCGUCGUCAGAGAGGACUCGACAGUUGCUCGUGGACAUGAACUCCUGCAGUGGGCCAAGACUCAGCUACAGAUGCGGCCCUGCUAUCACCCUUCCGAGGACAAUGAUGCUGUAUACUCUGGUGUACCUACGAGAGUUUAUAAAGGGGUUACCACAGCACAGACUUUGGUGUUGCUGGCCUGGAACGCCCUAUCUUCCCAUGAAUUCCGCCGAGCGAUCUGUUAUAUCGAAGUUGCAAGCAAGCUGGUUACCGAGAUCAAGGAUUGUAUGUCGAAGGAUGCCUCCCAGCCGAACUCCAGCCGCAUAAAUGGUGUUGACGUCCUUGAUGUCGAGAAAGAAGUUGUCUCCAAUCUUUGGUGGACAACCUAUUCCCUUCACAUCUGGACCUCCAUCCAAGCAGGAGUCUUGCCCAAAACCACACCGUCAACCUUUGACCUCGAAUCUCUCCCCGUGACCUCAACCUCAUCAGUUACCAUUCAGCUUGACCUCGUCUCUGAGAACUUCAAUACCUUGCAAAAGCAAAAGGGCAACAUUCGAGAAAUGCGGCCUCUUGCCCAGGUUGUAAGUACUGUUGCAUACCUGUUCUCCCAAACCUCGGAUCAAGCCGCAUUGAAACAUGGCGUCGGUAUCUGUAAAGAAGCUAUCCGCUCUUUUGGUACAAAUGCAAAUGGCCCGAAAGAAAAAGUUCAAGAUGAUGACAGAUUGUGGCAACUACUUGUUGCGUUUCACCAUACCAUGAUCAUUCAGUUCCUCUUCCCCAAAAAUGGCUCAUUUUACGAGCGAGUGGUGGUCCCGGCUGAGACUGUUGAUCAAUUUUGCGCUUCUGUAGAACAAAUCAUGCAGUCCUUUUCGCCAACUACCAGACAACUCAAUCAAAACUCAGCCUCAACAUUCCAGCAACCCCUCUCUAAAGCUCUGUGUACUCUCCUGGACACUUGUUCCCGAGCUCUCAACCUCCUUCGGGAUAACCUAGGGCUUAGUCUUGAUCAUGGCUACUUCCGUCCAGAGUGGGAUAAUCGUCUCUAUUCUGUGGCAAGCUCCUUGUAUACAAUCAGCAAAGACGAGAGAUUUUACCAAGGCACAACCUUGCGCAGUGUGCGGAAGCAGAUCAAGUCGUGUGCUCGUGCUUUCGGCAGUAAUAGCACUACCAACGCGCUUGGGUUGUUGGAGCCGAGCAUGAACUCUAUGCGAUCCAUGUCGCACUCCCCUCAGAGCAAUGUCAGGCCUCCGAAUGGCUUUAUCGCGAAUAAUGAAGCCUUGGUGGAUAUGCCAUCGCCCUUUCAGGCUGAAGCUUCUUCGAGGGUAUCGUCAUCUAUGCCAUCUUCGUCAGGCUCCUCUACUAGUGUGUCAACUCACUCGUUCACCCCGUUUGAGGAGAUGAACAAAUGGCCAGUCAACGAGACUUUUUCUCAUGGGAUAAUGUCUACCAAUAUGAACUCUCCCCCUAUUGUUCAGCAAGGGAUUCAGGAUGGAACUCCCAUGCAGAACAUGUGGUAUUCGCAAGCACCCCCUAUGAUGAAUUUCGAGGCCGCGGGUCCAGCCUCUCUUCAACAUAGUCAGUGGGCUUGGCCACCCACAAGUGGCGAAGAGGCACCAUACAUGUCUUUCCAAACACUAGAUAUGGAUGAGACCUGAGUAUUAUUUGUAGGGUACCAGUUUCGAUAUUGGCUGAAUGCAAUUAUGAUGAUAACGGACAAAACAGAAUGAAGCGUGUUAUUUGGUUAUUGGCAGACUCUAAAAUUGGAACUCGCCGCUGGCGGCAUCGAUGUUUGCUUGUUGAGCAUUGCGUGCGCUGGAUCAGUGUUUUACUAUGUAUAUAUUUUAAUCAAGUGUUGGGGAGGAAACUCGAAACGUUGAUAGGGGCGCCAGAAGAGCCUGUGUAUCAUACAUAUAGUUUCAUCUAACCUUUCGCA